AUGAAUGACUUAGAAAAAGAUAGAUCGUCUGAGAAAGAAUGUUUUGUGUGCAAAAUGUGUUACAAACGAUUUACUUCCUUAACUUGUUUAAAUGUACAUUAUAUUGAACAUUUUCAAGAUAAACCGCGUGCUUGUGAAGACUGUGGUGAAACUUUUGCCGAGGCUCAAGAUUUUGCAGAACAUUGCGUUCAACAUGCUGAAUAUAUAUGUUUUGUGUGUAUGGAGUCUUUCUCAAAUAAAACAAAAUUUUUAUCUCACCAGAAGCUACAUCAGCUAAGCUGUGAAAUAUGUGAUAUGACAUUUCGAACCCAAAAUGAAUUGGAAAUGCAUCGGCGAUCACAUGAUCCAAAAUAUUUCCAAUGUAAAAUAUGUCUUAAAUAUUAUAGUAGCAAAAUUGGCUUAAAAAGACAUUUGGUAAUUCAUACUGGAAAUCGUCCUUAUCAGUGUAAAAUUUGUUUCCAGUCAUUUACACACAGUAGUACUUUAUCUACUCAUUCAAUUACUCAUAGAAACCUUAAACCCCAUUCUUGUCAAUUAUGUGGUAGAUCCUUUUCUAUGAAAAUAAGUUUAAAAACACACCUUUUGAAACACGAAGGAAAAGAGCCAUAUGUUUGUGUUAUUUGUGAUCGUCGAUUUGCUGACUUGAGGCAGUUCAAACGACAUGGUUUGAAACACAUACCUACUGAAAAGAGCACAUGUGGAAUUUGUGGGAAAGUUUUUAAUAAUCCAGCAAGCUUAAAGCUUCAUUUCAAGUUACAUACCAAUGAAGGAAAUUUUAAAUGUGAUGUGUGUGGUCGAACUUUUAACUAUUCUGGUAAUCUGAAAAGACAUGAAAUGUGGCAUAGUGGUGAUCGUCCAUAUGUUUGCAACAUUUGCAAUAUUGGAUAUAUAUCAAGAUUUCGAUUAGUAAAUCAUUUGAAAAAUAAGCAUCCUGAAUUGACCGAAGAAAACCAUUAUAAUAUAGUGGAACGAAUGGAAACUGCAAUUAAUAUGAGAACUAAUACUUAA